UUGGUUACUUUCUUGACCACUUAGCUAUUGCAGGUCGGACCAUAAUGGUGCAGGUCAGAUCAAAAGUCAUUAGUCGUCCUGAAUGCAUAUAAGUUGUUGUUGUCGACUUAAUACCAGGAUCGCACUGUUUCCUGUUGUGUUAUUUUCUCGAAAGAAGAGCUGAUACCUAGGUUACAAGAACGAAGACGGCUCGUUGUCUUUGUGAACCCAUGUGUCCUGACAGUGGAGGACUGCGUGGGCCUGUGAUGCCGACCAAAGCGGUCCUGUUAGUGUUCCUAGCGGCGCUAUGGAGUCCCUCCCUCGGGGAUCUGUCCACCGCUCCCAUCACCACCGACUGGAUCCCCAGGGUCAGCCGCAAGAUGACGACUUUCGCCGAGUCCCAAACCGGCGCGCUACAACUGGUCCAGGAAUAUGACGACAAACUCAGCUUCUCACAGACUCAGAUCGACGGCCAGGCACAGCUAAAUCUGCUGACGCAGGCUGCAGGAGACCGUCUGAAGAAGUGCCGGGAGAUCCUGCACAGGAACAAGGCUGAGAUAGAAGCCUCUCAUGCACAGGGCCCGGCAGGAGGCGCUUCUGCCUCGGACUGCUGCGACAACCUCGGCCAGCUGGAGUACGACCCGAGGUUCCUGCAGCAGAUCGUCAACGACACAUGCGCUACAUUUACUGCAGUUGCCGGUGCGACAAAUACAAUCCGCCCGCACGUCUACAACAUCAUGAAGUCCAACUCACACGAGAUGUCCGGGGUGACCUGGCAGUAUUAUGGUGCCAAAGAGGGCGAGUAUCACCAGUUCCCCAAGAACGACAGGUUUUGUAAUGAAAGCGCCCACAUAUUCAGAAACUGGUACGUCAGCGCCGCGUCGCCCAAGAAAAAGAAUGUUGUGAUCGUCAUAGAUAUCAGUGGGUCCAUGAAUACUGCACAUAGGAUUGACCUGGCCAAACAAGCAGCUUUGACGGUCCUUGAUACUCUAACAGCGAGGGACUGGGUAGGAGUGGUGUCCUUUAGUAACGAAGCAGAAACACCACAUGGCUGUUUAGGAGACAGUCUGGGAGAAGCUAACCCUGGUAACAUCGAGAUCAUGCGGGAUUUCAUCAACAACCUUCGCCCUUUUUUGGCAACGUACUACAGCAAGGCAUUCGAAAAAGCAUUUGACAUAUUCCACGAUGCCAAGCAAAAGAAGCCGGAACAAUUUUAUGACAGCGACAACGUCAUAAUCUUCCUGACAGACGGACAGCCUUCAGACCCAAAGAAUGUUCUGGACCAGAUCACUGAGGGCCAAAGUCGCAUGAACGAAGACUGCAGACAAAGCACAUAUGGCCCGUGCUUUGCCUCUGGCAGGGACCCGCAGGGAGUCGGUCCAUAUGGCAGAACUGAUAACGUAGGUGACGGCCAGGGAGAGAAGCUAACGGCAAUGAUGGGAAGCUACUACGACUUCUUCCAGUCGGAGCCAGAGCCAAAAUUUUCUGUCCCGACCAAGGAUGAACAUCUUGGGUUAACAAUAACGGGUGCUAUCCGUACCGCUGACUCGAAUGGUGUGUUCUUCGGCGUCACGGCUGUUGACAUCUCCAUGGACAUUGUGUUUAACGAGAUUGUCAACUUUAACCUCGGCUUGUACUCCCACGCCUUCCUGGUGGACAGAGAAGACGGUCGAGUCCUCCUCCACCGAGACCUCCCUAAACCCAUGGAGUGGCCGACAGAUCCGACUUUUCUCCAUCUGAAUGCGAUGAAGGGAGAGCUGCCGGAUGAUGAAGUCACUAAGAUCUUGAAUGGGGAGAGUGGAAGCUGCUAUGUCAACGAUGUGAAAGUUCCAGUUACUCGCGGAGACGCCCAGUUUGACGGCGUUUUCACGUUAGUAAAGCCGGCAAACUUCUACUACGAGUCGAUUCCAGACUCCAAGUACAGCGUCGUGCUCUGUCUGUUUGAGGAGGAUAGAACCAUCACUGUUCCAAACCAGGUGAAUCCAGAGAACGUUACAGAGUCAGUGUUUCACCAGCUGGACCCGGCCAUGAACACAGACGUCUGCAGAAUGUAUAACAACUACGCCACUCAGGACGGAUCUACUGUCAUGUUUCCACCAUAUGCCUACACUGACCCAGUCGGCUACCUGAGCAGCGUGGAGACAGCUGUGGACGUUGCGAACAUCGAACAAUUUCUCAAUGACGUUACUGGAUCUGUGGACAAUCCAGGACUGGUAGAAGGUGUCCGAACUGAUGUGGUCCUGACGGCUGCAAUUGAGCAGUACUGGAGGCAGAAUGCUUCAGACUCAGUAUGGAGGUACUUUAUGGACCUGCCGACAGCACCUAGCACGGAGCACGAUCACCUGACCAACAAGUUUCCUUGGCUGGCUAAUGAACUGGUGUCUAGAGGAGGACUCCUGAUGUCAGGAUUGUGUAACAGCUACGUUACCCAGGAUUCCCAGUUGUUCUACGACACUUCCGGAUUCACCGGUCUUCACGUCACUACCGGCAGCGACCCGUGUACCCAGUUCUCCAUGUACCCAAUUACCAACACCAACACAUUUUUGUUGGUUCUGCACAACCGCCAGACCAACAACUGCCAAGAUAGCCAAACACAGGAUUGUUCCUGUGAUAAAGAUUGCCAGUCGUGUGAUGCAAGUGUUCAGUCUAGUUGUCAGGACUACACCGGAACCAACAACAGUUGCCACGACUACAUCAGAAACAACAAUGGAAACAACAACAGAUGCCACAACGACAACAAAGACAACACUGGAGACAACGGCAGAUGUCACAACGACAACAGAAACAACAACGGAAACAACAACAGAUGCCACGACUACAAUAGAAACAACACUGGAGACAACGACAGAGGAGAUCAUAACAACAACCGCCACUCCACAGAUUGGACCCCCCGCAGACUGCACGGCCGUUCCUGCCGGCAUGUACCCAGACCCGUAUGA